CGGCCCGGUGGGUGGGCGCCGGGCCGCUUCUACCCGCUGGCGGCCGUGACUCGGCGUCCUUGCCCCAGAGCCUCUAGCUAGGACCCGCCCACGGCGGCGGCUUGGACUUUGCCCAGCGCAAGGGACGGAGCGGAUUGUGUGUUCCUGGGCAGGCCGCAGAGAUGUUGGCCUUUGCUGCCAGGACCUUGCCCAGGCAAGUGGCUGCCUCUUGCUAGGUUCUGCUCACCCACUUGGUAGCACAGUUAGGCUUAGAGAUCCAGCCCAAGGCAGACAGACAGGGCUCAGAACCUCAGUCCUGCCAUGGAGGACAGGCAGCAGAAGGAGAAGGUGAAGCCCCUGGGCUUCCUCAAGCCCUCCUCCUUGGCGAAGGUUUCCAGUCGCUUCAAGACACACCAGGACUCACUGCCCCGACUGCCCGUGCCCCCGCUCCAGCAGACCCUGGACCAUUAUCUCAAGGCACUGCAGCCCAUCGUGAGCGAUGAGGAGUGGGCCCAAACCAAGGAGCUUGUGGAAGAGUUUCAGACCCCGGGGGGCGUAGGGGAGCGCCUGCAGAAGGGGCUGGAGCGCAGGGCCAGGAAGACGGAGAACUGGCUGUCCGAGUGGUGGCUCAAAACAGCCUACCUCCAGUACCGCCAGCCCCUGGUCAUCUGUUCCAGCCCUGGUGUAGCACUGCCCAAGCAGGACUUUGUGGAUCUGCAGGGACAGCUCCGGUUCGCUGCCAAAUUAAUUGAGGGCGUGUUGGAUUUCAAGGCCAUGAUUGACAACGAGACCCUGCCUGUGGAGUACCUGGGGGGGAAGCCGCUGUGCAUGAACCAGUACUAUCAGAUCCUGUCCUCCUGCCGCGUGCCGGGUCCCAAGCAGGAUUCAGUCGCCAACUUCAGCAAGAUUAAGAAGCCACCCAUGCACAUCACCGUGGUGCACAACUACCAAUUUUUUGAGUUGGACGUGUACCACAGCGAUGGGACACCCUUGACCUCAGAUCAGAUCUUCACGCAGCUGGAAAAGAUCUGGAACUCGUCACUACAAACCAACAAAGAGCCCGUGGGCAUCCUCACCUCCAACCACCGCAACUCCUGGGCCAAGGCAUACACCACUCUCAUCAAAGACAAGGUGAACCGGGAGUCAGUGCGCUCCAUCCAGAAGAGUAUCUUCACUGUGUGCCUGGACGCGCCCAUGCCGUGGGUCUCUGAAGAUAUGUACCGCAGCCAGGUAGCCGGCCAGAUGCUGCACGGCGGCGGCGGCAAGCUCAACAGCGGCAACCGCUGGUUCGAUAAGACGCUGCAGUUCAUCGUGGCAGAAGACGGCUCCUGUGGGCUCGUUUAUGAGCAUGCAGCAGCAGAGGGACCCCCCAUCGUCGCCCUCGUGGACCACGUCAUGGAGUUCACGAAGAAGCCUGAGCUCGUGCGGUCUCCCAUGGUGCCCCUGCCCAUGCCCAAGAAGCUGCGAUUCAACAUCACCCCUGAGAUCAAGAGUGACAUUGAGAAGGCCAAGCAGAACCUUAGCAUCAUGAUCCAGGAUCUGGAUAUCACUGUGAUGGUGUUCCACCACUUUGGAAAAGACUUCCCCAAGUCGGAGAAGCUGAGCCCAGACGCCUUCAUCCAGAUGGCACUGCAGCUGGCCUACUACAGGAUCUAUGGGCAUGCGUGUGCCACCUAUGAAAGCGCCUCUCUGCGCAUGUUUCACCUGGGCCGUACCGACACCAUCCGCUCGGCCUCCAUGGACUCGCUGACCUUCGUCAAGGCCGUGGAUGACCCUAACGUGCCGGAGCACCAGAAAGUGGAGCUGCUGCGGAAGGCCGUGCAGGCCCACCGAGCCUACACGGACCGGGCCAUUCGUGGGGAGGCCUUCGACCGGCACUUGCUGGGUCUGAAGCUGCAGGCCAUCGAAGACCUGGUGAGCAUGCCCGACAUCUUCAUGGACACCUCCUAUGCCAUCGCCAUGCACUUCAACCUCUCCACCAGCCAGGUCCCCGCCAAGACAGACUGUGUCAUGUUCUUUGGGCCUGUGGUCCCAGAUGGCUAUGGUGUCUGCUAUAACCCCAGGGAGACACACAUCAACUUCUCCAUGUCGGCCUACAACAGCUGUGCCGAGACCAACGCUGUCCGCCUGGCGCACUACCUGGAGAAGGCGCUCCUAGAUAUGCGCGCUCUGCUGCAGAGCCACCCCCGGGCGAAGCUCUGAGCCUCCUUGCUUAGGCCUGCCAAUGCCACAGCCAAGCCCCGUCGGAGUGGGUCAUGCGCCAGGCUCCACUCCUUCUCUCCCUCUUCUCCUGGGCCCCAAAGAUCUGACCGAGCCAGAGCCAGAGACAGCAUCCCCCAGCAGGGCCUGCAGGCCUAGACAAGUGCCUUCCAUGGGUCCUUGCCUAGUCCUGGGCUGAGUUCAGAAGCUGAGCAGGCAGUGGGCCCAGGUGCUCAGGUGUCUCACCCACUGAGGCCUCCUCAGGGGAAAGCAACCAGCCGAGCUCAUCCCUUGUCAGGGUAGGGGACUGGGUAGGGGACUAGGAAGUCCUUGUCUUGCUAGCUCAGCUCUGCCCAGUUCCUGGCACCUGCAGGGCUGAUCUGGAGUCUAAACCCCAAUCCCCAAGCUCCCAAAGACCUAGAGACAGGAUUACUUGGAGCUGAGGGGCCAGGGUGCAAGGUGUGCUGGUGGGGAAGUCUGUCCUGCAUUGCAGCGCCAUCCCUAAGUGGCUCUGUGCUCUUCCAGACGAUGCAGCUCUCGGGCCCCAGCUCGCUUGCUUCCAUGCUGCUUGAUUCCUGAACUGUAUCCUGAUUGUACGAUAGCAACACGCACAGCAAUUAAUAAAGGGGAAAUUUGUUGGUAAAGAGUUGUUUUAGUCUAGAAGGCAGGCAGGGUGGGGCAGACUUCUGGCUUUGCCUUCCUCUAGCUUUCCCUGCAUUUGGGAGCUGGUGUCCAAGCAGCCAGUGGGCUGAAUGGAAGGCCUCCUGGAGGAGCCAAGGGCCAGCUCCAACCUCAGGACUCUGCACCAGAACAGCACUCACCCCAGCCCACGUUCUUCACAGAUAACUCCCACCUACCCAUGACUGGGCCUCUCCAGUUCCAUGGGCUGCAGGUGGGGACAACUCUCCCAGGGGACUGUGGGGCCCUAUAGCCUCAGGUUUGGUGAUCGGAGCAGUGUGUGCUGACACCCAGGGCCCAAGGCCUCAUCUGCUGCCCCGCACUGAGCCCAGAAGGAGUGGUGGCUGAACAGGUGUUCUGACCCCCAGCCCUAGCCACUGCCUUGGGCCAUCAGGCCCCAGAUCAUGCAGUCACCCAACCAGAACUCUAUACUUGUCCCCACCUUCAUGCACUUGUGCCAGAGUCAACUGGGUGGCUUGUGGAGAGAGAAGGAGCAUUCUGGCCCAAAGGAAGGCACAUGUGAAGCCCCAGAGGAAGACGCCAAGUGUGGGAGGUCACCACGCCUGUGGGUGAGAUGCUUCACGCCCUGCAACGGUCAUGUGAAGAGGAUGGGGCCUGUGGUUGUCUCCAUUUUUCAGAUAAGGAAGCAGGCGCUCAGAGAGGGCAUGCCAUGUUUUCAAAAUCCCAGGGAGCAAGAAGUGGAGCUCAGACAAUGCAGGGAGUGGGUGUCGCCUGAGGCCUGGCUGCUCCUUGGGACCUCAGCAAGGCUGGCAGGGUAGCGUAACACUGAGGAAGGGGUGCACGGGGGCCCAUUCAGGCCACAAGCAGGAGGACCUGAAGACAAUACCACUGCAGUAACACAGAGGCCUUGCUGUGCCACUGGAGAGCAGGGCUGCCCGUGGUGUCUACAGGCUGGGUCACCUAGUCUAUACAGUGGAGAUACGCAGUUCCUCUGGGUACCCCGUGGAGUCCCAGGAAGCACAGCCCACAGCAGGAGCUGAGUGCUGUGUGAGCAAUACUAGGGCAGGGCCGCCACCACCCGGCCUGGGGCAGCAGGGGAGGAGACAGGGAUUCAGGCUGAGAACACUGCAGACACCCACCCAGGAUUCCUGAAACCCCAUUUCUAAGAACCACAUACAUCUGCCUAGGCAGGAUUUUUUUCCCAAAACAGCAUCCCUCAGAAGUGAAGUCAUCCCAUUGCAUUUGAGUUGUUACAGGUCUCAAUACAGAGGCUCACUCAGUUCUUUAGAGCAGCAAAGUACUGUUUGGAGAAGACACGUUUAGCACCUACAACCCCAGUCAGUUUAGAUGGAGUGCUGAGAGGUCCCCUGGUGGAACUGGUAAGGAAACAAGUCAAAGUUAACAGUGAAGAUUUAGUAAUUAUUCCUGAGGGUAUAACCUAUGACCUCACGCUUUGCAAGUGCUGGGUGCAAGACAAGCGAGUGCUUUAAAGGUCUCUGGACAAGUUGGCGAGAUUACCCACUCCUACAGGAUUGAUUUUUAAAAUCCAACCGUCUGUUAUGCCAAAAGGUUUGGAAUAAAAUUUCCAGGCACAGCAUCAUGCAUGAAAUCCAGAAGGUGCUGCUGUAUACCAAACUGCUUACCCGCUGAGCCCGGGAGGAGUAGGGCAGCAGGCCCAGAGGUGGUCCCAGGGGCAGACCCUCAUACCAAUGAUACAGAUGAAGAACUAGAAUUUUUUUUUUUGCAAAAUAUGAAUGGAAAAGAACUGUUCUAAAUUCAUGUAUUUUGUGCAAUACAUCAGUUGAAAUUUGAGAAUGUAAUAUAAUUAAUAAAAGUAAUAAAGAUGGCUUGGUUUUUACCUAGAACCUCUAAAA